CUCUUGUGGAAUUGUUAACUCUCUCUCUCUCUCUCUCUCUCUCUCUCUCUCCUGAUUAUUCCAAUAACAAUGGCUUCUAAGUUCUGCAACUCCAAGCUCUCUGCAGUGCUGUUAAUCAUCUUAGCCAACUUACUCUUGUGUUGCUAUGGUAGCUCGGAUCAAUCUCAUUCGAAGCCUCUAUGUGGACCGUAUCAUCCAGCCCAUGCGGUUCCACUUUAUCCAGAAGAUGUGGACCUGAUGCAAUUCCCCUUAAAUCUUGAGUUCCUUGAAACAGAGUUCUACUUGUGGGCAACACUGGGUUACGGGCUUGAUAAGAUCGCUCCCAAGUAUGCCCUGGGUGGCCCACCUCCCAUUGGUGUCAGGAAAGCCAACCUUGAUAAUCUCACCUUUAGCAUUAUCGAAGAGUUUGGCUUCCAAGAAGUUGGCCAUGUCAGGGCUAUUGAAACAACAGUUGGUGGAUUCCCAAGGCCAUUGUUGGAUCUGAGUGCACAUAACUUCGCCAAGAUAUUUGAUGAGGCAUUUGGAUACUCAUUAAUUCCUCCCUUUGAUCCAUACCGUAACAGCAUCAGUUUCAUGUUGGCUGUCUAUAUAAUUCCUUAUGUGGGUCUUACUGGUUACGUUGGAACCAAUCCAUUCCUCAAUGGAUACAAAGCAAAGGCACUGUUGGCAGGUCUGCUAGGGGUGGAAUCAGGUCAAGAUGCAGUGGUAAGAACAUACUUAUAUGAGAGGGUGAAGGAAGUGGUGGAACCGUACAAUUAUACAGUGGAGGAGUUCACAGAUAAGAUCUCAAUGCUGAGGAACGAACUGGGUAAGUGUGGACUCAAGGAUGAAGGUCUCAUUGUUCCACCUGAGUUGGGCGCUGAGAAUCGUACUACCACUAAUGUCUUAUCUGCAAACUAUGACUCUCUCUCUUACCCAAGAACUCCCAAUGAGGUCUUGAGGAUCCUCUAUACUACCGGCGAUGAACACAUUCCCGGUGGCUUUUACCCCGAAGGUGCCAAUGGAAAGAUUGCAAGGGAACUUCUUAAACGCCCCUUUAGUUACCACCACUCUCUCUAGAUUGAGUGAUGCAUAACUCGCCCAAUAUUAUAUGGAUAUAAGGAUUAUACAGAUCCAUUGGUUAUGGAGUGAUGAUAUAUGAGAUUUGUAAAAGGUUUGAUUGAGGCUUACCCUUGAGCCUGAAUUAUAAAACUAUGCAGGUUUAAGGAGUUCCUCCUUAGUAAUAAAAAGAAAAAGAAAAGAUUUGUAAGUUUCAAUUUUUUAUUUUCAUCUAAAUUAUGUAAGAAAUCCAUUGAAGCUACCAUGUGUUGCAUGCAUUGCUAGGGUUUUGUGAACUUAGGUCACCUACCUGUAGAGUAUGGUUGAUGCGCGUGUUGAGUUACGUGAUGAUGAUAUUUUCCAAA